GAGAGAAUCCCAAAAAUGACAUCCAGAUUGCAGGGGAGCAGAGCAGAGAGGGAGAGAGAGACUGAGUGAGAAAGAGACUGGGAGAGAGAAAGAAAGAACUCAAAAACCCGUUCAGUUUCAGGGAGAAAACAGAGAAUAUCAGCCAGCCCAUGUUUUAUUUUCCAGCUUCAUACUUGGCAUCUUGUGGAAAAUUCCGACUUUAGAAAUGUCGUUGGACACAAAGAAAACCUGAGAAGAAUACACCAAUGUGUUUUUGAAAACAAAAGCGUUAGCAUAAACGUUUCCUGUUUCUUGACAUCGUAGUAGAACGGAGAACCCCUUGGUUUGAACCCUGCGCUCCUCUCCAGUUUUGUGAAGACCACUGUCUGCUGCAGUCCAACCGUCAAGAUGUGUGACCUGAUGCCAGUUUCGAAACCUGCUGAAAAAAUCGGCAAAAUGAAAAAGUUGCGAAGAACUUUGUCAGAGAGCUUCAGUCGCAUAGCUUUCAAGAAAGAGGACAGUGGCUUUGAUGAGAUAUGUGUCACAAAGAUGUCCACACGCAGCGGCCAGGGAAAGGACUCGGUCAUCACGCCCCUGGACACCAUCCCUGAGGACAGGAAGGUAAGGGUUCAGCGGACACAGAGCGGUUUCGACGCCUUCGAGAAACCCGCCAGCCAGGUGAAGAGGGUGCACUCAGAGAACAAUGCCUGUAUCUCCUCCAAGGCCUCCUCUACUGGGAAAGAGUCGCCCAAACUGCGCCGACACUCCAGCCCCAGCUCUCCCACAAGCCCCAAGUUCGGAAAGGCUGAUUCCUAUGAGAAGCUUGAGAAGCUGGGAGAAGGCUCGUACGCUACAGUAUACAAAGGAAAAAGCAAGGUGAACGGCAAGCUGGUAGCCCUGAAAGUGAUUCGUCUACAGGAGGAGGAGGGGACACCGUUCACCGCCAUCAGAGAAGCGUCUCUUCUGAAAGGUCUAAAGCACUCCAACAUCGUGCUGCUCCAUGACAUCAUCCACACCAAGGAAACCCUGACUCUGGUCUUUGAGUAUGUGCACACAGACCUGUGCCAGUACAUGGACAGGCACCCAGGAGGACUGCAUCCAGACAACGUGAAGUUGUUCCUGUACCAGUUGCUGAGAGGUCUGUCCUACAUCCACCAGAGGUAUAUCCUGCACCGCGACCUCAAGCCUCAGAACCUGCUCAUCUCUGACACUGGAGAACUCAAACUGGCCGACUUCGGUCUGGCACGGGCUAAGUCAGUCCCCAGCCACACCUACUCCAAUGAGGUGGUGACCCUGUGGUACCGCCCCCCUGAUGUCCUCCUGGGAUCCACAGACUACUCCACCUGCCUGGACAUGUGGGGUGUGGGCUGCAUCUUCAUCGAGAUGAUCCAAGGAGUGGCAGCUUUCCCUGGGAUGAAGGACAUCCAGGAUCAGCUGGAGAGGAUAUUCCUGGUCCUAGGCACCCCCUGUGAGGAUACCUGGCCAGGGGUCCACUCCCUGCCCCACUUCAAACCAGACAGCUUUACUGUCUACAGUUCCAAGAAGCUCAGACAAGCAUGGAAUAAGUUGGGCUAUGUGGACCAUGCUGAGGAGUUAGCCUCUAGGUUCCUCCAGUGCUUCCCAAAGAACCGUCUGUCUGCUCAGGCAGCUCUCCAGCAUGAGUACUUCAGCCAGCUUCCUCCACGGCUCUGGGAGAUCUCAGACAUGGCUACUAUCUUCACGGUACCAAAUGUCAAGCUGCAGGUGGAGUCAGGUGACAGUAUACAGGUGUGUACCAGGACCAUCUCCAGCCAUGCUAAAGGACCGUCCAGCAGCAAACACUGACCGGGGCAGACUGCCCCACAGCUAGCCAGGUUGCUGCUGUGGUCAGUCCAAGAGAGAAGGACAAAGACACUGAGAUGGAGGAACCACCGGGAUCACAUUCCCUCUUCUGUUUCUUUAACUUAUUACCUUUCCAAUUGUGUGUGUGUGUGUGUGUGUGUGUGUGUGUGUGUGUGUGUGUGUGUGUGUGUGUGUGUGUGUGUGUGUGUGUGUGCGUGUAUACAUUUUGGUGGGUGACACCUCCAAUUUCAGUUUUAUAAUUUGCAAUUUUUGUUGACUUUUAUAAUGUUAUGAUACUCAUAUAUCGUUGACACAUUUACAAUACCCUUAAUCAUCAAGGGACUUUACAAUACUAUUGAUACAUACUGUGGCUUGUGUUUCUAACUACCUAUGUGAGAAUGUAUAUUUGUGUGUACAGUAUACUCAUAUUUAGAAAAUAUAUCACGGACUCCGAGAAAGCUUACAUUCUUUCACAAACAUGCUGCACUUGCAUGCAUUCACGCACGCAUGCACAAACUCACACGUACACACACAGAUACACACCCACUGGACAGUUUCACUCACACUCACAACACAAACUGGAACUGAAAAUGACAAGCGGUGGUAAUGUUUCUCUUUAACUUUGAUCUGUUCCUCCUCUGUAACUGUCAGGCCAGGGUCAAAUGGCAUCAAAUCAAUAAUAAUCAUAAGAGCAAUGGUACUAAUACUGUAAUAGUGAUACUGGUGAUAAUAAUCCGUUAGUCUCUGCUGGAGAUGAUGCAUACACACAAAGCAAUUAGUGUCGAUGACAUCGUGAAGAGUCACAUGUUAUAUGGUACAUUCGCUGUGGUUCGUCUCAAGUGUAUGUGGGUGUGUUACAUCUGUGUGGUUGCGUGUGCAUCAAAACAUGGGCAAUACCCUUCAUUGGUGCUUCCAUGUAGGCCAUGAGGUACUGUUAUCUUGUUGUGCACUGUAUCUAGAUGGUAAAACACAAUGGCAAUAGGCUCAGUGGGAUUUUGAUCUCUUGGUUACUUCGACCCGUGACAAUCCUCUUCUCCUUCACGUCCUUUGAACCGUCACCGUCCAGUAGUGUACUGUAUAUCAGACGUCAUCACAAAUGUUUUUUACACGAUUACGUCAUUGGCUGUUGGUCUCAGCUAUCACGUCAAUUACAAUUACUAGGAGCACUUUUUUUGAUAUCGUGUGAUAUUGAUCUAACAAAUAGUUUUGUUUCAUUGGCUGGUACAAAGAUCUCUUUGUGUUCGAUUUACAACUGGGUGUUGUUGUGUAUAAAAAUACCUGCUCAUAUUAGUCAUGUGUGAGCUAGGUAAUAUAGCAAUGACCAGUAACAUGGAGAAUAUGGGUUCCUGUUUUAUGGAUUGAUUUGAAAUCUACCACUAAUCUGAAUGGGCCUGUACUGUUCACAAGUAGAGGGGGAGGAGAGUUCUGAGUGAGAUAUCAUGGACACACACUGACGAUCAGGAGAGAUUAGUUUUCUUAAUCCACACUGACACCCUUAGAAAGACGUGUGUGUGCACUCACACACACACACACACACACACACACACACACAUACACACACACACAAACACACACACACACACACACACACACACACACACAAACACACACACACACACACACACUAACACACACACAUGAGAAUACAUGAGAGACGGUCACAGGUAUUAUACUGUAGACACUAGGCCACACACAGUCCCUCUCCACCCCUGCCUCACCUGCUAGUCUAUCAUAGAGGGAGGAGGAGGAGGACACGCUAAAAGGAAGUCUUGUAGGGAGUCUUGUAGAAGGCUUUGACAUAGUUCGCCAUAUGGCCAAGUCCAUGUUAUGUUACAGCUUUAAUUGUCCCACCAUAUCUAGUGGUGUUUGGUGUGAUAUAGAGCAGGCGAGGCAACGACAGAGAAACACAGUGAUAUCAUGUCAUUAGCUUUUUGAGAAUGCACUUUUUUAAUCUACUUGCCCUACUUUACAUUCCAGCUUAUUAAAAAUGUCACUUUUUGCACCUGUGUUGUCCUUAAUCACAUGCCCUUGCCUGCACAGACUAGAAAUAUCAGUGCCCUCCCUUGUCAACCAUAGUAUAGGCCAACAGACCCCAGUUUCCAACCCCAGUGAGACUUUUUAAGGAGAACUACUACAAAUACUUGAAGUGAUUUCAUAGAACUUCAGUGUCAUUCCUAGUGGGGCAAGUGAUUCUGUGUUGUGGUAGUGAAGACGGUGAGGAAGGGUGGAGAGUAGAGUGGCGUCUUAAUGUGACUAAAGCAGCGUGACAGAGGAGGGUAAAUACCUGAGAGCUCUGCUGAGAUAGAUCGCCCAGCUCGCUCUUCUCGGCCUUGCAUGGCUUUAUGGGAUACUAAGGUAUUAGUAGCUGAAUAAUUAUUGUUGAUACGUUACUCUCCUGCUUUCUGUGUGGCAUAUCACUUUUCUUUCUCCCCCUUUUUAUUUUGUGCCUUUGUGUCCCAGAAGUUUCUUCCUUUGCCUCCUGCCUGCGACAUCACAUAAACAUGAAAAUACUGUAUAUGUUUUGGACUACCUGCCUGCCUGCGUAGGUGGAGUUCCUGAAAGCUCUUUUUUUCUCCUUUGGGAACAAAAAGCAUUUUCUCUAUGAAGGGAAAUCUUGGGAAAGAAGUAGUGAAAUUGCACAUUGAGCACUGUGGUGGUCGAAAAUAUUAACAUUUUAAUGGGGCCUGCUAUCAUUUUAAUGUUACCAUUGGUUCUUGCUUGUAAAGUUAACUUCCAGAUGUUUAAUAAAAUGCAUUUACAAAUACACCAUUCAAAUCUGAAUUGGGGAAUGGCUUAAGAUGGAUCUGUUUGCUAUACUGGUCACGCUACGGAAUGUGCACAUUCUGAGUCAUAUUUCGAGAUACAUGUCAAUAUUUAAUCAUUUUGUAUCCUUUGUUAUAAACCGUCUCACUAGGCUGUAUGUAAAAGGGGAGGUGAAACGCCUUGUGUAAAAUUUAAUAGUGACGCUUGUACUAUGUUUGCGUACAUACAGGGUCACGCGUGUCUCCUUUGCGCCAUAAAAGAGAGGAUUCGUAUUAAAUAUAUAUGGAUAUAUACACAUACAGUAUUUUUUUGGCCUUGUCAGUUUCUUAACUGCGCAGACGUACAGUAUAUGUUGGGAAAGGCGUUUUGGAACCAGACAUGCAACCCCCGCUGUACUCAACACUGAAUCUGUGUUUUACAGUACAAAAAAAAAAAGCUUCUCUUUGCGUAUCUAUUUUUUCUUUUUUGUAUGAUGCUCUGAAAAUACAUCAUUUUUCACAAGUGGUUUCGGACAUAGAAGAAGUGUUACCGGUCACUUUAUAAACUGAAACUUAGGAUAUAAUAGUAGAAUAGCUGUUGCAUUACCUAUUUGUUACGACCUGUAUGUAAUGUUAUUAUGGAAGAUGUAAUGUCCUUCUGUAAAUGUUGUUUAUUGUUGGUUUACCUGAAAUAAAUAAAGUUUAUUAAUGCUUCAAA